CCCCUUUCCCUGCAUUUUCCCUAAGCAGCUCCUCUUCCUCCUCCUCUUCUUCUUGCUCCGCCUCCCCUUCCCUGCUUGUCUCCCCCCGCUCCCCUUGCUCCUCCCCGCCCCCCUCGCCAUAGCUGCUUCGCUGCUGCCGAGCUCCAUCUCUGCAGUCAAGACGCCUGGGUGCAGAGGCUGCCGCAGCUACCGCGGCCGCUGCCACCUCCUCCCCUCCCCCAUUCCCAUCCCUAUUGUCCCCCCAAUUCCUGCACCCCCAUCAUGGCGCACGAGGCCGGAAGGAGUUCUCGUCCAGGGGGACCCUGUGGCGAACUGCGGGCUGAGCCCAGAGGUGACACUGGUGACGAGGACCAGCCCCAAGUCUGUGCCAAGUGUUGUGCCCAGUUCACUGAUCCAACUGAAUUCCUCACUCAUCAAAAUACGUGUUGUACUGAACCCCCAGUAAUGGUCAUCCUCGGAAGCCAGGAGAAUUCUAGGUCAAACUCCUCCUCCUCUUCUUCUGAAGUUCGACCAGAAAGCCAAGACAGCCCUCAGAUUAUGGAUACAGAACACAGCAAUCCACCUGAUCCUGGGCCCUCAGUACCCCCAGACACCAGCUGGGGGUCAGAGCGGGGCCGAGAAGAAUCUUCAGAUCACUUUCUCAUCACCACCACAGGAGCUAGUUCAGCUGGUGGUGGGGGGGGCCUGAUUUUGGCCAGCCCCAAGCUGGGAGCAACCCCUUUAGCUUCUGAGUCUACCCCUGCACCCCCUCCACCACCACCUCCUCCCCCUCCUCCUGGAGCAGGUAGUGGUCAUUUGAACAUCCCCUUGAUACUUGAGGAACUCCGGGUCCUGCAACAGAGACAGAUCCACCAAAUGCAGAUGACAGAGCAGAUCUGCCGUCAAGUGCUCCUGCUGGGUUCCUUGGGUCAGUCAGUGGGUGCUACUGCCAGUCCCUCAGAACUACCUGGCACAGGUGCAACUACAUCUUCCAAGACCCUGCUACCCCUCUUUAGUCCCAUCAAGCCUGGCCAGACAAGUAAGACACUUACACCAUCUUCUUCCUCUUCCUCCUCUUCCACCUCUGGGACAGAAGUACCUAAGCCAGCCUUCUUCCACCUUUAUCACCCACUGGGGGCACAGCACCCCUUUUCUAGCAGCGCGGUGGGGCGAAGCCACAAAACUACCCCUACUCCAAACCCUUCCCCAGCACUGCCAGGCACCACAGACCAACUGAUCACCUCUCCCCACCUGGCAUUCCCUGGUACCACAGGAUUGCUGGCAGCACAGUGCCUGGGGGCAGCCCGGGGCUUGGAAGCAGCAUCUUCCCCAGGUCUUCUGAAACCGAAGAAUGGUAGUGGUGAGCUGGGCUAUGGAGAAGUGAUGGGCCCCUUAGAGAAGCCUGGUGGGCGACACAAGUGCCGCUUCUGUGCCAAGGUAUUUGGUAGCGACAGUGCCCUACAGAUCCACCUUCGCUCUCACACAGGUGAGAGACCUUACAAAUGCAAUGUCUGUGGCAAUCGCUUCACCACCAGAGGCAAUCUAAAGGUCCAUUUCCACCGCCACCGAGAGAAGUACCCUCAUGUACAGAUGAACCCACACCCAGUACCAGAACACCUGGACUACGUCAUUACAGGUAGUGGUCUCCCCUAUGGCAUGUCCGUGCCUCCAGAGAAGGCUGAGGAGGAAGCCGCUUCAGGGGGUGCGGAACGUAAGCCACUGUCAGCUUCUGCCACAGCACUCACUGCCACGGAGAGCCUAACCCUGCUCUCCACCUCUGCAGGCACGGCCACAGCUCCAGGGCUCCCAGCCUUUAAUAAGUUUGUGCUCAUGAAGGCAGUGGAACCAAAGAACAAAGCAGAUGAGAACACCCCACCUGGAAGUGAAGGCUCAGCUGUUGCCGGAGGAGCAGAAACUGGUACAGCAACUAGGAUGCAACUGAGUAAACUAGUAACAUCUUUACCUAGCUGGGCCCUGCUGACCAACCACUUCAAGAGCACUGGUGGCUUCCCUUUCCCAUAUGUGCUAGAGCCCUUGGGGGCUUCUCCUUCAGAGACCUCCAAGUUGCAGCAAUUGGUGGAAAAGAUUGAUGGCCAGGGAGCUGUCGGGGCCAUCUCGACUGCCUCAGGGGCCUCUACCACCUCUGCCCCUGCAGUGUCUUCUUCAUCCUCCUCAGGCCCUAAUCAGUGUGUUAUCUGCCUUCGAGUGCUGAGUUGUCCCCGAGCCUUACGACUCCAUUAUGGGCAGCACGGCGGGGAGAGACCCUUCAAAUGCAAAGUGUGUGGUAGGGCCUUCUCUACUCGGGGCAAUCUUCGGGCCCACUUUGUAGGUCAUAAAGCUAGUCCAGCUGCCCGGGCCCAAAACUCUUGCCCCAUUUGUCAGAAGAAAUUCACCAAUGCCGUCACUCUGCAGCAACAUGUCCGUAUGCACCUGGGUGGGCAGAUCCCCAAUGGGGGCACCAUGCUGCCUGAAGGUGGGGUAGCUACAAAGGAAAGUGGAGCGGAACAGUCUUCGACACAAGUGGCAGGAGUCUUCUCACAGCAGCAGCAGCAGCAGCAGCAGCCACUGCCACCACAGCAGCAGGGAUCCCCAGAAGAGGAACUGUCUGAAGAAGAGGAGGAGGAAGAGGAAGAAGAGGAGGAAGAUAUAACAGAUGAGGAUUCCUUGGCAGGGAGGGGCUCAGAGAGUGGUGGUGAGAAGGCUGUUUCCAUGAGGGGGGAUUCAGAAGAAGCAUCUGGUCCAGAGGAUGAGGCAGCAACCUCAACAGCAGCAGCAUCUGGAAAGGAGAUGGACAGUGGUGAGAAUCCGACCCAACAACCUUCCCUGCCUUUAGCUGGCAACCUGGAGGAACCUCAGCCCACAGAUCAUGGAAGCAGUGAACCUACAGGAGGCAUCGAAGGGGGGGAUGGACAAGCAGAGGGGAAUAGCAGCCCAACUUCAUUGCUCUCUCCAGAAGGAGAAGUAGUCAGUGCUGUCAUAGCAGAGGGACAAGGCAUGCAGGAGGCCAGAAGGAAAGAGCAUGGGGAGAGCAUGAGCAGCAGCAGUAAGAGGUCCUGUGGGGUAUGUGGCCAGUCCUGUCCCAGCCAGGCAGCCCUGGAGGAGCAUCACAAGGCCCACAGCAAGGAAGGCUCACUCUUCACCUGCAGCAUCUGCAAGCAGGGCUUCCCUGAGCGGGCCACCCUCAAGAAGCACGUGCUGCUGGCACACCACCAGGUGCACCUGAGCACCCACGUUUGGAAUUGCAGCCCAGCCCGAAGGGGCCGGCAUCUGUCCCUGGAGGGCCCCAUGCCCCUCCUCUCUGGUGGCCGGGUCAAGCUACAGGACUUCCUGCCCCGGGACGUCCCUACCCAAUUGGUGGGGGUGGGCCCCCUAUCUUUUUGGAACCAGUACACAGCUUUCCUGUCAAGUGGCCUGGCCUCUAAACCCCCGGGUUCCAGCUCCACCUCUACCACCACUGCUGCCCUGGCAACACCUGCCCUGUUUGGUCCAGAAAUUGUGUCUGGGAAAUCAUCUCCAGUAGUAGGAUCCAGUGAGGCCAAGAAGACCACCCCCCUCAUAUUCCAGCCUCCUGCAUCCAAGACUAUACCUGAGAAGCCAGGCAGAGAAGAGAAGUAGCAAACUGCAGUGCCCCUCACCCUAUUCCAGCAGGUGCCAGCAAUUUGCAGUGGUUCGUGGCUUAGCACGGUGGGAUGAGAAGACAUGAAGGGUAUGCUAACCCACAGGUCUCGAGAGCCACAUUUCAGCAAGGAGCCUGGUGGGUAUGGCAGGACAUAUCAGCCUGCCUUCUCCUGACUGUGGCCUCACAGAGGCAUUGGAGAAUGGCAGCUUCUCAUCUUGAAGCUUUCCCAAUGUAGGGUUUGGGAGGGUGCAAGUUUGACUUAUUUCUGGAAAGAGCAGUUGAGGGUUUAGGGUGGGUGGUUCAUGGGCAGGGACAUGAGGGUAAUAAGAAGAGCAUUGGACCUGGUAUGAACUCUUGUCAUUCUGGAUUUGGGAUAUGUAUCUGAAGGAGGGAAUCUCAAUCCAGAUUGGAUGGCUCUAGAGAAUGUUUGACUAUAGUAAUGACACAAGGUGCAAAAGUGCACAGAGGGCAGUGUAACAAGUCCCCUCAAACUGGUAUGUUUCCAGUUUAUUAGAUUUCUCCCCUUCCCCUAGAUUCUACUUUUCUCCUAAUAUCCUUCUCUCUAAACUCUUCCUCUUCCCCAUGGACCAUGGACCAGGGCUUGUGUCUUCAUUACUAUCUGGCUCUCCCAGAGACCCAGACUUUGGAAACCAGCUCCUGGAGAUGUAUGCCCUUCUCCUUCCUCCUGUAACAGACGAGAUGUAGUAUUUACUCUUAACAUAGGAUCAUGUGGAAACGACCUCCAGAAGAGGAGUAGUUGUCAGAAGUCCUGCCAUCGAGGGAUGUGAAUGGCAGCUUCUUCUUUAAAACUGUAGGCUAACAUAGUGAAAUAUGCAGGGCAGACAGGGGAGAUAUUAGUGUCUUUCUCUCUAUCAUUAAAGGUGUUUUGACCAAGCAUUUGUGUUGUUUGCUCCUUGUGAUUCAGAUUGUUUAGCACAAGCAGUCUGUGUGCUAUACCACUCUCUCCCUCUCCCCUUCUGUCCCCCUUUGCCUGAAUUGAGCAUGUGGUAUUAAUGUUUCUUAUGUCCAAUCUUAAAACUAUUAUAACUUCUAGAAUGGGAAUGUUCCCUCCCUCUACCUUAUCCUUAAAAGGUAGGAAAUUUUCAUUCUCUAUUCUUUCCCAUCUCAGGUGUUUUCUUUGCCAUUAUACAAACCUAGGAUCUUCUGACACUACUCUGUAUGAAAAGGGAGCUACUUUAUUACAGUUAUCUGAUUUAUCCCCAAACCUCUAGUUGUUAUUAGGUCAGCUAAAGGAAUCAAGAAGGUGAACUGAUUCUCUUAUUUCUUGAAAUAAAGAAACAAAAAAAAAAAAACCUAUGAAAUUAUGUGAAAUAAAUUAAUGAUUUAUAAAUAAGUGGCUUUACUCCUACUGCUUUCUCAAAAAAUAAUGUGAUAUCUCCAAAGCUAUUGAGUGGGGUAGAGAGCAGAGGCAUCUCAUGGCCAGGAUGAAGUAGCUAUUUUCUACCUCAGUCUCAGGGUAAAGUCGAAAUUCUGAUUUGGAGGAAUUAUUGAAACAUUUUUUGACUUCAUUGCCUUGCUUCUCCAGAGAGAAUCUUCAGGUCUCUAAGUGGGCAUUUGAAGCAUACUUCAGAUUUAAGUAGGAGCUCCUGUUGUGAGCCCAGCUCCAAGACAAAAGGGAAGGAGGUGAGUAAAUCUAUUCUUUGCUUAAGCUCAGGCCUAAGCAAUGAAUAGGUAUUGGAUUCCAGUUGGCCUCACCGGAGCUGUAUUAUUUCCUUUUAAAAAUACAACUGGUGAAUGGAAAAGACCCGGAGUCCCAUGAGGUCCAGAAUAAGGAAAUGGCUCCUAUCCCUUUAAUUCCUGGCAAAGCUUUGUGUGUCUCUUGUUCCCUUCCUUUUUCAUUCUCGCUAAGGAAGGAGGUGGGUCAACAACCCCUUCCAUUCUCUCUACUUUCCUCACUCUCAUUGGUUACAGAUAAUGUUAUUUAACUAAUUAAACCUGACUUGCCCUCUGUUGAGGUGCCAGCUCUCAUGGCAACAGCUGUCUGUGAGGCUUCUAUUGAUGGACACUUCCUUACUUCAGGUCAGUUUUAAUCCCAGCAAAGCUCUCUUUCUGCCUCCCCACCCCCUCUCCCACUGUUCCAUUUUAUUUUUCUCCUCUGUUUGCUUCUUCAUUCUUCAAGUCAUUUUUCCCCCUCUUUAUUCAUUCUCUUCCUUCCUAUCCUAUCUUCCCACCCUUUACUAUUAUUUCAGCCCAGUCCUUUUCUAUAUCUUCAGUUUUACCUUAUUCCUUUUCUCCAUGAGUUACUUAUUUUCCUCCCUUCCCCCUUCCAGCUCCUCCUUUCUCACAGAGGUUUUUUUUUUUUUUUUUUAAAUCUAGUCAGCCCUUUGGAAAGUGUAUGUUCCCUAAUUUAGUGGCCUGGGUGAGUGAAUGACUGAAACUUAUAAAGCUUACAUUGUUUCUAAUCUAUCCAGAGAAUCUUUUUUAAAAAAAUCAAAUAAUCAAAAUUAAAAAUCAAAGUAAUGAUACACCAUAUAAUGAAGAAGCAGGGUUGUGUCUUUCAGAUGGAUAUGUUUAAAAAUAAAAAGAAAAACAUAUACUGUACUUGAUAUUGGCACAGUUGUAAAGAAUUCUAUAUGCUCCAGAAUGGCAAAAAUAAAAUAGAGAGUAGCUUCUGAGGAAAAUGGAAAAAGCAGAAAACAGUAAGACCUCUAUCACCCCCUUUUGGGGCACACCUACCCUGGCUCCUGUUGCUCCAGAAAGAUAUAGGAUGUUAAUUCAGAAAUGUGUUUCCAUGGAUUGAACUUCCCCUUUAUAUCCUACUCAUUCUAGCAUUCCCAUCUUCAGGAAACAGCACAAAGCAAUGAAAGAGUGCUGAAUUUGGCAUUAGGGAACCUGAAUUUUGUGCCACUUACUACCCAUGUGAUUUUCUUCUGUUUCUCAUAUGUGCAACAAGGGUAUUGGACUAUAUGGCCUUUACCAACUCUUCAAAUUCUAAAUCUUUGCUAUGAUGAGCAUCUGCUCCAGAUAAAAUUGCCUCUUAAAGAUUCCUCUUUCACCUAAAACUACUAAAUCUUUGAAGAAAGAUAAAUCCCCAGUAUUACAUUUUCUCUUUUGAUGAAUCUAUUAAUGAGAUUUCUUCCACAUCUACAAAAAACUCCUCCCUUAGAACAUAUUAGCUCUCAUCGCCUUCUAACCUUUGAAUCAAUCAAUGAACAUUUAUUUAGCUCCUACCAUGUGCCAGGUACUUUGUUAAGCACAGGGGACACAACAAGAGGCAAAAGGCAGAUUUUGCCAUCUAGGAGCUUACUAUCAAAUGGGGGAGACAAUAUGCAAACAAAUACAAAACAAAAUAUAUACAGGAUAAAAAGGAAAUAAUUAACAGGGGAAAUGUACUGGAAUUAACAGCAGUUGGGGAAGGCUUUCCUGAAGAUGGGAUUUUGUUCGUGAUUUAAAGGAAGUCAGGAGUUAAUAAUUGGAGUAGAAGAUGCUAAGUAUUCCAAGCCUGGGAGACAGCCAGAGAGAACACCUGGAGCUGAGAGAUGAAGUAUCUCAUUUGCAGAACAGCCAGGAGGCCAAUGUCACUAGAUCAAAGAGUAAAUUGAGGAGUAAGAUACAAAAAGACUGGAAAGGUGGGAGGGACUAGGCAAUGUAUGGUUUUGAAUGUCAACAAAAUGUGUUUGUUCUUAAAUUCGAUAGAAAAUCAGGAGUUAAGAGGAUUGAAGGAUUGACAUAAUUGGACUUGCAUUUUACAAAAAUCAUUUUUUAGUAGCUGAAUGGAGGAUAGAUUAAUAUCUAUAAAAUAGUGCCAAUAAUAGCACCUACCUCCUAAAGUGAUCAUGAGGCUCAAGUGAGAUAAUUUUUUAAAAGCGCUUUGAAAACUUUCAAGUGCUAUUACUAUUUUCUUAAAGAAAAAAAAAAGUAAAUGUGUCACUGUUGGCCAUGUUUCUGAGAAUCAAUAAUAUAAAAAAAUUAGGAAAGAAAAAAAGAAUACAUAGUACCAGAGAACUGAGCAUAUCUGCUAAAGGUGAGAAAAGUAAAAGUUUAAGGUCUGUUGUUAGUUUGAGUGACCAAAUGAAUGAAGUAGAGGUAAAGAUGGUAAAGGUGUAGCUAGGUGGCACAGUGGAUAAAACACUGGGACCUUAAGUUAGGGAAGAAUCAUUUUCCUGAAAUCAAAUCUGGCCUCAAAUACUAUCUGUGAGACUCUGGAUGAGUCACUUAACGCUUCAAUUUCCUCAUCUGUGAAAUGAUCUGGAGAAGAGAAUGGCAAAUCAUUCAUCUGUAUCUCUGCCAAGAAAAGCCCAAAUGGAAUUAAGAAGAGUUGGAUAUGAGUGAAAAAAGAUAGAAAGAGGAAUAGAAGUGAAUGGAGUAUAUCUUUGAUUGCUUGGAGCAAAUGGACAUAUUUCUUGGUCAGAAAAGGCCUGAUAUGAAAUCUUUCAUGGUACCAAAAGAAGCAGCAUGAAUAAAUGCUUUGAGCGAAUCAAAAGUCCAAAUGAUUGUGGGAAAAUCACUUAACCUCUAUGAGCCUUUGUUUUCAUAUAUGUAAAUAGGAAUAGAUUGGCUGUUAAGAUUCCUUUCCAAUUUUAUAUAAUUCUAAAACCUCUGUAAUUUUACAAUGAACUAUUUUUAGCUAAAUAUACAGAAAAAUCUGGUUUUCUUAGCUUAUCCCACAUCAUCCUAAACUUUAAAAAAAGUUGCAUUUACUAUUAUCAACCAUACAAUUUUCCUAUGACACAUAUAAAUUCAUAUAAAAUGGUAGAAUGCAAUUUCUCACUAGCAAGGAAAGAUGUCUAUUUUAACUUUAGACCUUUGGGUCAGUUCCCCUUUCAGUGUGGAAAUUUCAACAAGAAGGAACAGAUAUCUUCCUCUUACCCUUCCCUCCCCAUUGAGAGAGAGAGAGAGAGAGAGAGAGAUGUUUUGUUUUUUUUGCUGAGGCAAUUGAGGUUAAGUCACUUGCCCAGGAUCAUACAGAGAGGAAGUGUUAACUGUCUGAGGUCACAUUUGAAUUCAAGUCUUCCUGACUUCAGGGCUGGUGCUCUAUCCUCUGUGCUACCUAGCUACUCCCUAUUUAUAUAUUUCAAAAGACAUUUGCCCAACUAAGAAACCUAGGUUCAGGGACUUUGAUGGAACAAACUUUUCUUCCCAACAUUUCUCACAAUUUUUUUGCAAUUUCUCUCAAAUUCUAUGUCCCUUCCUUUCCACGUUAAAUACCACUAACCAAUUUUUAAGCCCUAAUUAUCUGAUACCUAGACUACUGCAAUACUUUAAUUCAUCAAAUAUCUAAGUUUCUUACCCUUUGCAAAUAUAUGGUGCUUAUUAAUGUACACACACACACACACACACACACACACAAAAAUACAAAAGGAACUACUCUCAAGAAACUUGAAAUCUAAAGGACAGUAGGUAGAAAGGAAGAGGUUAGGGAGAAAGGAAAUUUAAAAAUAGCUGUCAUACAAGGAAGACUGGCAAGUUUCAAAGAGAUGUCCAAGCUAUGUCCUGUAUAAAAUUAAGUAUCCAUGUUUCCUCAUUUUUUUCUGAUAAGCCAUUCUGGGCCUCCUGGACAGAUUAAUCUUCCUAAAGCAUUGCUCUGAUCAUAUCAUUCUAUUAAAAAUAUCCAAUUAUUUCACAUAGCCUAAGUAAAAUCCAAUUAACUUUACUAAAUAAAAUCCAAAUAUUCAAAACCUUCCAAAGUCUUCCAAAACGCCUCUUCUCUUUAAGCCCUUACUUUUAUAGUUUGUUCUUUACUUCUAAAUGGGAAUCUCAUGCUUUAAUCAUUCAGGAAUACUGUGUCCCAUACAAAAUCUCUUUUCCACUUUUGUGUCUUUGCUCACACCACAUCCUAUUUCUAGUACCCAUUUUUCUCACAUAUUUGCCUACUGAAAGGAAAUGCUAGUUCUUCAAGAUACCAGCUGAAGUGCUAAAACACUAAAUCUUUCAAAUGUUUAUUUGAUGUUUUUGUUAUUAAAUGAACAUUCUUUCCCAAAGUAGCUAGUUUAUUCCACCAAUAUGAUACGUUUUGCAUAUUCAAUAUAAAUCAAUUCACCUAUUGAUGAUCUAUGAUGUUCUAUUAAAUCCUAUACUAGGUAUAUAUAUAGAGCAAUACGACAAAAAAAGAAGUUGAGGCGGCUAAGUGGCACAAUGGAUAGAGCACCAGCCCUGAAGUCAGGAGGACUUGAGUUCAAAUCUGGCCUCUGACACUUAACACUUUCUAUCUGUGUGAUCCUGGGCAAGUCACUUAAUCCCAAUUGCCUCAGCAAAAAAAAAAAAAAAAACAGGGUCAAGUCACUUAAUCCCAAUUGCCUCAGCAAAAAAAUAAAAAAAAAUAAAUAAAAUCUUUUUUUCUCAAAAAACUUAUAUUUUACAUAAUACCAUGAAUUGUUCUUUUCCCUAGUAGAUACCCUGCUAACAGAAUGUCUCACACAGAGAAAGAUUUAAUAUUUAUUGAAUGAAUGAAUGUUAAAAUAAAUACUCCAGUGAAAGGUGGAAAUUAAAACUCACCAAAUUGCCUAGCAUAAUACCACAUUUAUUUAAUAGUUAUUAAGCUUUUUUGAAUUGUGUGGCAUAAUUGCUCCUUCUAUUUAAGUGCUAUCUUCAAAGUUACCAAGGAUCCUUAUGUCUUUUUCUCAAUUCUUAUCUACACCAACUAGCUACCCCUUCUCUAGUUUUUUUGUGACACUUAUUCUCUCUUUUCCUGUUUGACUGUUCCUUCUCAAUCUCUGUUGCUAAUUUACCCAUUUCAUUCCCACUAAUUGUGAGUUUUCCCCAAGACUCUGGCCUGGAUCCUCUUUUCUUCUCCUUCUAUACUAUUUUAAAGGGUUAUCUCAUCAGAUUUCAUACAUUCAAUUAUGAAAUCUAUGGAAAUGAUUUUUCACAUAAAAUUACCCAGUCAUAAUCUUUCUCCUGACUUAUAGUCUCAAAUCACCAUUUGCCAUUGGACAUCUUAGAUGUCUCAUAAAAUAUUUCAAUCACAACAAAUCCAAUAUUAAACCUAUUAUCUUUCUCCAGAACUUUCCCCUUUUCCAAACUUACCUAUUAUUGUCAAGGAACAUCUCAGUCACUCGGGCUUGUAGCUUCAGUCUUAUCUAUAAAUUUUCACUCUCACCCGUCUAUUGUCAAAAUUUAUCAUUUCUACCUUUACAAAAUCUUUCACAUCUUGAAUCAGUUUUGACCAUGUUAUUUUUUCUACUCAAUAAACUCUCAUGGCUUCCUAUUAUCUCCUGUGUCAAAUAUAAAAAGUUGAUAUUUAAUGUUCUUCACAACCUACCCCCUUCCGGUUAAUUGUGAAUUCCACUAGGGAGCUUGUUUUUUCCCUUGUUAAUUGUUAAAACCCCUUUCCUUGCUAACUAUAUAUUCUCCCAAAUCUAUUUCCUAUUUACCACUCCUGGUGUCUGUUUUAUCUCUUCAUUUUGUAUGUAUCCUCUUCUUGUAAAUAAAGGCAACUUUUGGCAAAGAGAA